AUGAUGACGCUCAAGCCUACAAAUUAUGAUAUUAAUUUUGAUUUAAUAUGGACCAUAUUUGAUGUUCCUGAAAAGCUCGUCAUUCUUCAAGAUUUACAUCAAUUUCGUUUAUUGAAAAUUGAACCUCCAUUAAGUCCACAAAAAUCUUUAAGUCCAUCACCAAGGAAAAGAUCUUUAGCUACAAUAGACACAGAUUCGCCAGCAAAAUGUUCUCGUCAAGUACUAGAAUCACCAAGUACAGUAGAAUUAAAUAUACGUUCAUCUUGUUUAUUUAUUUUUAUUAUAGGUGGUUUAUUUAGUAGUGAUGUGGACGAAGAUUCAGAAAAUGAAAUCGAAGAUCAAUUAUUAAGUCCAUGGUUGCCACCUGAAUCAACUGUUGAAGAACAAAAACAACAAAUAAUUGAACUUGAAGAUGAAUUACAAACAGCUGAAGAUGCACGUUUACGUUGUGAAGUUAAUAUUGGUGCACUUAAACAACAAAUGGAAAAACAUGCACAUGAAAAUAAUGAACAAAUUGAAGGUCGUAUACGUUCAUUAAAUAAACAAUUAAAAGAAUAUGAAUUAGAACUUGAUGAAGAAAGAAAAUCUAAACAACAAAUUCUUCAACAACGUAAAAAAAUUGAAAUUGAUCUUCAAGAUUCACGUCUACAAAUUGAUGAAGCUAAUAAACAAAAAGAAGAAGCAUUACGUAAUACACGUCGAUUACAAACUCAAAUUCCUGAAGUAACACGUGAAAUGGAAGAAAUUAAAGUCAUACGUAAUGAAUCAUUGAUGAAUGCUAAAGAAUGGCAAACAAAAAUCAAAACUCUUGAACAAAGUCUUCAACAAUUAAUGGAUGAAAAAGAUCUGGUUGAUCAACAACGUCGUCAAGCACAAGUAGAACGUGAUGAACUUCAACAAGAAUUAGCUUCUCUCGGUAGUGGAAAAGGUGCAUUUAUUGAUGAAAAACGUCGACUUGAAGCACGUAUAGUACAACUUGAAGAAGAAUUAGAAGAAGAACAAACAAAUACAGAAAUAAUUGGUGAUAAACAUAAAAAAUUAGCAAUAACUGUUGAACAACUUAUGCUUGAUCUUGCUGCUGAAAAAGCCAAUAAUCAAAAAGCUGAAGCUGUACGUAGUAAUCUUGAACGACAAAAUCGAGAAUUACGUGAAAAACUUGAAGAAAAUGAAGAAUUUGGUAAAGGAAAAUCAAGAGCUAUGCUUGGAGCACUUGAAGCUAAAGUUCAUGCACUUGAAGAACAACUCGAUGGCGAAGUUCGAGAAAAACAAAAGAUUAGUCGAAGUGUUCGUACACUUGAAAAACGUCUUCGUGAUGCAACUGCUGUUGCUGAUGAAUCUCGAAAACAAUCAGAUGCUUAUAAAGAACAAGCUGAAAAAGCAAGUGUACGUGUACGUAAUAUGAAACGAAGAGAAGAAGAAUUAGAAGAAGAAGUAACACAAAUGAAACAACGCUUACGUAAAGCAUUACGAGAAAAAGAUGAAUUUGAAGAAAAUCCAGCUUAUCAACGAACACGUCCUUCAACAGCGCAUAGUUCUUCAACAUCUUACGUUCGAACACUUGUAACAUCAACAAAAUAUUAUUCCGAAUUAUCUGAUGAUGAUUUACAAUCUGAAGCAACAAACGCAAGUGUAUCAGAGACACUUAAUGGUGGUAAUUCAACAAUGCGAAACAGUGCUAUUGGCGAUUUAAACAAUGGCAAUCAUUGA